AUGGAUAAUGCACCAGCGACCCAAUAUAAUGUGGGACACGGGCAGAAUAAUCCCCCAAAUUAUCAAUACAACAAUACUCAGAGCGAUCCCUUCAAUUCUUUCAUUCACACCGAAGAUGACGGCGCUUUUGAUAACACUUGGCAAGCCCCUGACUUUUCCGCACAUCAACAGCCUAGUCAGGCCUUCGACCAAAACAGUCAGCAAUGGCCGCACAACGCAUAUCAACCACCGGAACCAAACUACUUACCUAUGCCGCAGUUCAAUGUCGAUCAAAGAUAUUCAAACCCUGCUUCCAAUUAUCAGUAUCCCGAAUUCAACUCGAACCCUUCUCCACAAUUCGCCUCCAGAGACUCUCUGGAGCAAUCCGUGUACCAGCGUACUGCAGAUUUCAAUCCCAACGCUUUAAGCAACGAGACUCCAUAUCGUUUCAGUGGUCCCCCGGAAUUCGAACAGAGUAGCCAGACGAUCUCGCCUGCGGCAAUCGAAAGUUAUCCCAACAUAUCAAAUGCCUCACUUGACACGAGCCGCAACCUGGCAGGAAGAUCUGUUAAAUCUAUUGAUCGUCCUGGUUUGCAUAUUAAGCCAACAAAUCAGUAUGCAAGCGUCACACAGUCCAAGAGAUUCGACGGAUUCAUAUUUGUGGGGAGUAAUGCUCUAGUCGUAAACAUCAGCAAAGGUAGAUCUUCAAUGACUCAAUUCUCACUAGAAGCUGUAGAAGCUCACAGAUCUGCAGCGACUGUGCCCCGCUACAAGAGGAAAAAGUCACGAAAUGAAACAAUGCGCCUACUUCAAAACGGUAACAAACCUUUGUCCAGUUGGCAUAAGCAAUUGCUGAUGUGCCAAACAGAGAAAGGAGACGGACCUUGGCACCCGGACCGUGAGCCACUUGUGAAGAAACUAAAAAUAGCAGCCAAAAAGCAGGUUGGACCCAAACCUGCUGGUUCCUCUACCCAAAGUCGAAGUCCUUCUUCGACCGAGUCCUCAGACUCAGACUCGGAUGACUCUUCCGGGAGCAACAGCGACUCAGAAGUUGAGAAAGAACCCGAUGAACCUUCGCCUUUGCCGUCAACCAAGCCCACAGAUCCAAGCAAAGCCGUAGAGUAUGACCUUAUCAAAGCCAUCUGGGCUAAGCGUUCUGCUGUGCUCUCCAGUCCUGUGGUCCGAACUGCCUUGGCCGAGACGUGGGAGAUUUUUAAAGGCAUUCGUGACAAAUGGAAAUCUAAAAGCACUAACUUACAGCAAGCCAUUGACAAGAAAGAUCAGGCCACCGAGAAGGCUUUCGAGCGUCGCGUAGCAGAGCAAAGACGCCUAUUGGAGUCUUGUAUACAUCUGACUCUAAAGCAUGGACAUCCUAGUAUCGUCGAUAAGCUUGGCGAAAACCCCGUGCUCUUAGUGAUUUUCUAUCAAUUUCUAGCGGAUCGAUUCAAGUACGGCGAGUACACCGGAAGUUUCAUUGCGGCCAUUCUCCAAGUGAGUGACGAACAUACGUCUGAUCGAAAAGUCGAAGCUAACAUAACUCAGUUAAUGGUGCGCUGCUCUAAUAUCGACAAUUCACUUCUGGAGCAAACAAAGGUCGACAAGAUCCUACAAAGACUGUUCAAACGGGGAGACGAGCAAGGGAAGUCGCUGACGCAGAAAGUGCUCCAAAAUGCCAAACUUGCAGACAAGAAAUCUACUUCAAUAUCUCAAAUCAAUGGCGCCCCAAGGAAAACUUCUGAUGCGUCUAAGACUUCUGAUAUCGUUUUCAAGAAGGACCGUCAGAAUGAUACCAAAAAGAUGGCAACAGAUCUCAACCACAAAGGUCCGAACGGUGUUUCAUCAACCAAAGAAAGAGCUUCUUCAGAGGACGCCAAGUCUAGCUCAAAGACGAAGCCUGAUGCAGUCGAUUCGAAGACCAAGGUUGUCAACGUAGCUGCGAAGCCUUCGGGAUUCUUCUCAAGCUUAAAGUCUGCGUCCAAGCGUCCUGGCACUUCCACCAAGUCAGAAGAUGGAGGUACAGGCACUACGCGCGAAAGAAAGGUAGAAAUUCCAUCUGCAGCGGCGUCAAAGCCAGCCUUUUCUUUUGCUGCUACAAUGGCAGGCUUAGCGAAGCAAAAGGAGGAGCCUCCUGUCAAGACAGAGGAGACUCGGAAGCCUGAAACUGCUGAGGAGCGGAGAAAGCGUCUCCGCAAAGAGCAAAGGCGAAAGCUCCGAGUUUCCUUCAAAGGUGAUGAUGAACUGGUCUCUGUGCGGACUUUCGAACAUGAUCCGGACGAAGAGAUCGGCCACGAUCAAAGUCAGGUCCGGGACGUUCUCGACAGCAAGGGAGAGGGGCAAAUGCUGAAGAUGCACAAAGACCUUGAAUUAGAUGAUGAUGAAGAUUAUGAACCACCAGAUGAGAUUCUUCCAGAGCUUUCGGAUUGGACAACGCCUCUCGCCACUAAUUUUAGCGGUAUUGAUGAAUCUGAAUCCUCACGGAACUUUGCCAGUCGGGGCGGAAGAAAUAAUGCUGAGAGCCCCGAGCGCGAAGCUCAGAAAACACGGGAACAUGAGACGCUCAUGGCGAUAUAUACAUCCGCAUCGGAUAUGCCUCUCACACCCCGUGAACCAGUUGAUCCAUAUGUUGGGGACUACAACCCAGAGCAGAUAUUUGGUCAGCCAGAGGGUAUCAUCAAGACCCGCGAAUCUGAAUAUCGUGCUCGAAGGGAUGCUCAACCGAUACAACACGCGGCUGUGGCUCCGCAAACUCCUGACAUAUCAGCAAUCCUUCAAAUGUUCAACAAUCCCAAGCCGCAGCACCAGCAACCUCGGCCACAAAUGCAGCAAACUCCAGAUCCAUCAAAUCCUCUCGCGGCGCUUCUUGCUAACAUGUCCAAUAACAAUCAAGCCGCCCAGGUGACCGCACCCCCUCCGGCAGCAGCUCCAUUUAAUUUGCAAGGUGCUUUAGCAGCGAUCAAUCAGCCACAGCAACAUAAUUAUCAAGCACCACCUGCUUUUGGAGCACCACAGGCUAACCCAGUCCCUAAUCUCCAAGCUAUUCUCUCGCAGAUCGGUAACCAGGGCAGUGCGCCGCAAGCACCACCUAUGCACAAUUACGGUUACAAUACCAGCCAGGAGUCUUACCCCAUGAACGAAGAUCGUAAACGCCAGCUCGAGAACGACGAGAAUGAGUACGGGAGGAAGAAAGCACGGGGAGGGAAGCCCUUUACAGGUGUACCCUAUCAAAUGUGCAAGUUCUUCCAGGAGGGAAAGUGUCGCAAAGGGGAAGAGUCAACUGCUACUUUGGAGGCCUCAAACCAGCAAUUUUGCCUCAAGCUUGGAAAUGAUGUCCGAUCUACGAGGUUCGAAUUAGUUUGA